AUGUACAAUGUUAACGUAAAAAUGAACGACAAUAUGAACAAUCAAAUUAAAAACGAACCCAACAACAACAUCAAAAACAACAACAGCGUUUAUAAUGUGAGAAAUAUAAACAACAUUAACAAAGUUUUGAAAAGUGUGGCCAACAUAAACAACAACAAUGAUAACGACAGCCUAAUCUAUUCAAAUUUACAACAAAUUCCUGAACAACAACGGCGUUUGCCACAACUGCCACAGCAGCAGCAAAAACAGCAUCCACAAAGGCAGCAGCAACAACAGCAGUAUGUUGAAGAUUUGAAGAAGAACCAGCAGUUACUUAUCCAGCAACAAUCCUCGCAGCUACAGCAACAAAUUUUUCAACUGGAAAUGCAACAAAAGCAGCAACAGCAGCAGCAACAGAAGCAACAGCAGCAGCUGCAACAUCCACAGCUAACAAAGCCGAGCAUUCAGAAACUGGUCUACAUCGUCCAACCGACCAACACUUGCUAUUCAAUAAUUGCAGCCGCCCCUGCGAAUUUUUUGCCAGCAGCAACCAAAACAACAGCAACAUCAACCAAAACAACACCAGCAACAAAAAUUGAAACGAUACCACUAACAACGACAACAAUGAAAUCAACAACGGCAACAAGAUUGCCAUCAAAGACAUCAACCUUUAUGACAUCAACCUUGAUGUCAGGAAGAGAAAAUAAUGCUAACAAACUUGAUUGCAUUGCCUUAACGUCCGUUAAUGUUUCCCAGCAUGAAGAUAUAAACUCGACAUCAAUGUCGUUUCAACAACAGCACUUCAAACCACAGCCACAACAACACCCACAGUUCAAACAACAACCACCAUUCAGACAACAACUACAGCUUAACGAGAUGCAACAACCAGCAGCAGCAACAAAGCUGGCAACAUCAAUUCUUAACCCCCAACAAAUCAAACGCAGUCAAAAUCAACAAAACCAAAUACAACAACAUCAACAAAAGCAAUUUCAACAAUCAAUUCCACAAAAACAACAACAAUUACCACAGCAAAUAAGCAACGUGUCGACCAAAGUUAAACAGAGCAUUCUUCAACGUUAUCUUAACGAUUCUUUACAAAGGCAGCAACAGCAACUGCAGCAGCAGCAACUACAAUUACAUUUCAUCCCAUCCCCAACACAAAUUAAUGAUUUGCAAAAUCAGUUCACCAUUCUAGACACCACAACAUCAGAAUACCAACAACUGCUACAACAACAACAACAAUUACAUCAACAGCUGCAACAGCGGCAGCAACUGCAGCAGCAACAACUGCAGCGACAACAACUACAGCAGCAGCAGCAGCCAUCACCAACAAUCUCAUCCACACCACCAUCUCCCACUUAUACGCACGCCACGGACGAUCACGUGAUGCGUGACCUCGAUUCGAACCUUGACCUCUACCGGAAACGCAACACUUCCGGCUCCCUCAGCUCCCACGACUACGAGGAACUAUCUUGCUCAUCCAGGAGCACACCGACGCGUGAAAAUGGUUGCUAUGGCUACCAACAUGCCACACAGGACGGCUGUCUGGAUGUUGAGGGCAAGUACAAGACGGAUUCUGUUGUGGAAACAAACAAACAAACCCACAAACACACUCAUAGCACGAAAGAUUUGCAUUGGAAAGAAAUCAGUGCUGCCUUGGGACUCACACUCCUCGCCAGAGCACUCUCAUCAAAGAAUAUUUAUUGA